UUUACAUAAAAAAUAUUCCUGUAAAUUCCUUAUCAUGCUCUCAAACAAAUCAUUUAUCAAGUAUAAAACGUUUAGUGCUUUAUAUAUACUUAUGAUAAGAAAUUAAAUGUACAUAAUUUGAGGAUAUAAAAGGUGCGAACCAUGGCCCCAAAGUACAAAUUAACUUACUUCAAUAUGCCCGGCCGUGCUGAGCCUAUACGGUUUAUUUUCGCAUAUGCGGGACAGGAUUAUGAGGAUUUUAGGAUAAACCUUGAUCAGUGGGCUGAAAUUAAACCCUCAACACCCUUUGGACAAGUUCCAGUCUUAGAAGUAGACGGUAAGCUCGUCGGAGAAUCAAGAGCGAUCUGCAGAUAUUUAGCUAAGCAAUUUAAUUUGCUUGGUGAAAAUGACUGGGAAGCAUUACAAGCUGAUAUGUUCGUAGAUGCUUUGGAAAGUUGCAAACAAGUAAUAAUGAGAACCAUGAAAGAAACUGACCCGGAUAAAAUUAAAGAAAUCAAACAGCAAGCGGCGAACUUUUUAAAGAAAUUUGACGAAGCUAUUGCUAGUAAUCCAGCAGGACUUUUAGUAGGCUCUAAGGUUACUUGGGCCGACUUAUAUUUUGCAGCAUCACUUCCUAACACUAUUGAAAGGCAUCCGGACAUUGCAAAACCUUUUUCAGCCUUGACGAGUCUCAUAAAACAAAUAAAUAAUUUACCCAGUAUCAAAGAGUGGCUAGAAAAAAGGCCAAAAAGUGACUUCGUACCACCACCGAGAAACUAGACAAAAAUCAAUGUUUGAUGCAAUAAAAACGAAAAAAUAAAGAAUGCAAAA